UUUUAUUAGUGCGGAUAACCUAUGACUUGGAGUGGAGCGAUGAUCAUCGCCUAUUAUCAGACAAUUCCACCAUUUAAGAAUCAAGUGCUAACAACAUAUUACUAUUAGUCUGAAUCGCUCUGAGAAGGAACACAGACGCACUACAAUGAAAAUCAAGCCAGAUUCCCCGGUCUCCAUGAUCGACCCAUCCCUGCUACUGCGUCCGGAGGCCAAGUAUGACGACAAGCCCGUGGAAGCCUUCCGGGACUACAACAUCGACGAGAACGACCCCAUAAAGAUGAGAGUUCGGAAAACAUAUUACGACAUGCACACGAAUAUGACUGUUGACUUUGUCAAAAGUAAAAUGGAAAAGUGGUUGAAGUUCAAUCACUUCAAAGCCACUGUUAAGGAUGCUCUCAUCAAGCUCAAUGACUUAGUGGACGAGUCAGAUCCCGAUACGGAUCUCCCAAACAUCGUGCACGCCUUCCAGACCGCUGAGAGGAUCAGGGAGGAACACCCCGAUGAAGAUUGGUUCCAACUUAUUGGACUGAUGCAUGAUCUCGGAAAGGUUAUGGCAUUCUACGAUGAACCACAGUGGUGCGUGGUGGGUGAUACCUUUCCGGUUGGUUGUAAGUGGGGCAAGUCUAUUGUGUACGGAGACGACAGCUUCCAACGUAACCCGGACACGUACAAUCCUAAAUACAAUACUGAACACGGCAUGUACAAACCGAAGUGUGGUCUAGAGAACUUAAUGAUGUCCUGGGGCCACGACGAGUACCUGUACCGAGUUCUUGUACAUAACAAGUCCAAGUUUCCCAAGAAAGCGCUGUACAUGGUCAGGUACCACUCCUUCUACCCGUGGCAUGCUGGUGGCGAUUACAAACAUCUUCUCGUGGAAAGCGAUAACGAUAUCUUGGAGGCUGUACUUGAGUUCAACAAAUACGAUUUGUAUACGAAAAGCGCUGGGGUCCCGGACAUUGAAGCGCUUUGGCCUUACUACGAGAAACUCAUCGAUAAAUACAUCCCGGGUGUACUUGAGUGGUGAAACUGGCCUCCAUAAAACGAUUAGAAAUAUGAUAAGGAAUUUUCAAUAACAAAACCUGAGUGUUAAGGAUAUAUCUAUAUAUUAAUACGUGAAGCAAAAACUUUGUACCCCCUUUUACGGAAAUUGCGCGGACGGAGGAGUAUGAAACUUCCCACACUUAUAGAGAAUCUAAGGAAGGAGUGCAGAAUCCUAUUAUUUUUUUAAAAUUAUGUAUUAAUAAUACAUUAAUCAAUAAUAAAAGCAUUACACACACUACCACUUAUUUGAGACACACAUUUAAAUAAUUUAUACUCUUUGUUUACCGUCAAACUUUUGUUAUUGCUUAUAGUCUGUGGUCUAAUUGAGAAUAGGUUAAUACUGUUUGUCUUUAUUAAUAUUUGUCUAAAGUGUACAUGUAGUCUUGGCGAAAUUUGUGAUUAAAGAAGUAUAAAUAGUCACAAUAGAAUCACAAUAUAAUAAUAAUAAUAAUAAUAAUAACUCUUUAUUUAUAUAGCACCUUGAUAUGUACACAGUAAAGUAAUAAAACAAAAGUCGGUAUAUAAAUCGGCGGCCUUAUCGCUGAAAGCGAUCUCUUCCAGGCAACCUUGCAGGGAGAGGAAUAAGUUUUUUUUUUUUUUUUUUUAUUGCCCUUGUAGGCAGACGAGCAUACGGCCCACCUGAUGGUGAGUGGUUACCGUCGCCCAUGGACUUCAGCAAUGCCAGGGGCAGAGCCAAGCCGCUGCCUACCGCUAGUUAACUGGACGGUGCUAUAUCUUAAUAAACUUACAUAAAAAUAUAUACUUAAAUACACAUGUGAAAAAUAAAUACCAUAUAAGAUAAACUUACAUACGAUUAAAUACAAAUAAAUACUAAAAAUAUAUAAUAGUUUGACAAUAGAAUCUUAUUAGUGUACAAACUUAUAAUUUUAAUUAAUUAUAGGCGAAUUUAGAUUAACGGGGGACCACUAGUUGUUGAAAUUACUUGAAACUCAUUUUGGAUUCUACCGAAAAAUCACAUUUAGAACGUUUAAAUGUGAAUAUGUAAUUUAUGUUUACGUGUUAAGAAAUAAGUCAAGGAGAGAGCACAGGAAUUUGGAAGAAGUAAUUGUUCAACUAUUAAUUUUAAUUAUAAUUUACUGUAAUCUAAUUUUAGGAAGGGUUGUGAUACCUAUACUAAUCUUAUCUUAUACCUUUAAACGAGCAAUUCUUGUAUAUUAAUAUAUAUGUAUAUAAUCUGAAUCUCGGAAACGGCUCCAACGAUUUUCAUAAAAUUUAGUAUACAGGGGAUUUCGGGGGCGAUAAAUCGAUCUAGCUACGAUUUAUUUUCAGAAAAUGUUGUUUUAUUCGUGUUUUCAAUAAUCAAUUCUUCCCGACAUCUAUGUCGAAUAAUAAUACUAUUUUUCUUAAUUGAGGGCAACUAACCGCUUUAAAGAAACAACAAGAUGGCGUUAUCAAAAAAAAAAAACAAGCAAAGCUCGGUCAUCAUCUAGUUGAUAUUUAAAUAAUAGAGAGCACAGGAAUUUGGAAGACGUAAUUGUUCAACUAUUAAUUUUAAUUAUAAUUUACAGUAAGCUAAUUUUAAGAAGGGUUGUGAUACAUAUACUAAUGGAUAUUUAAAUAAAAUUGUUAACAGAA